GAGACCCCUCCUGGAAUCAAAACUCAUUCCAUAUUCCUCGCCAUCUUUCUUUCUCUACCUCCCAUCUCCUUUCUCUUCCUCCUUACAUAUAUUUCGACUCAUCCUCUUUCGUUCCAUUUUUCUCUCCUUUUCUUUUUCCUCAUUCUCUCUGAUCUCUUCACAUUCUUCGGCCGUCUGAUUCCUCCGCUGCCCCGCCUUCGCCACCGACCCUUCCGUCAUGGCGCCCCGUCUGUUAUCCUGCUUCGGCAAACGCGGCGGAGGUGGCGCGCACGGUAGUCGAGGCGAGUCCGUCCACGAGAGCAGCGUGACGGCGGAGGAGAUGAAGGGCGGGGGACCGGUGUUGGUGGAGCUGUUCUCGUCGCAGGGAUGCGCGACGUCGCCGGCGGCGGAGCUGGUGGUGUCGAGGUUGGGGCGGGGAGAUUUCCAGCUGGAGAUGCCGGUGGUGGUCCUGGCCUUCCACGUGGACUACUGGGAUUACAUGGGCUGGAAGGAUCCAUACGGGUCGAGUCAAUGGACCGUCAGGCAGAAGGCCUACGUUGAGAGUCUUGGGCUUGACACGAUGUUCACGCCCCAGAUCGUGGUCCAGGGCAAGGCCCAUUGUGUUGGAAAUGACGAGAAUGCCCUGAUCACGGCCAUCUCGCAAGCUCCCAGAUAUCCUUCGCCUUCCUUCCAGGCAACUUUCCAAAGGCCUUCACCCGAUUCCUUGCAAGUGUCUCUCACAGGGGCAUUAAGAACGAAGGUAAACAGUGAGGGCGUAAACGUCAUGGUGGCAGUAUACGAGAGUGGUCUGGUCAACAACUGCGAGAGAGGGGAGAACAAAGGCCGUGUUCUAUCAAACGACUAUGUCGUUCGAAGACUUGAAAAGCUCUGCAACGUCAAAGAUAUUGGUCCCAAGAAGACAGUCUCAGGAACCCUAAACUUUUCCCUAUGGGAAGGAUUCAAUCCCACUAAAUGUGGAGUAGCAAUCUUUGUUCAAAACAGCUCCCAUCAAAUCUUUGGGUCACAGAGUUUCAAGCUCCCGGAAGACAUAUGAUUAAAUUGAUGUGGCGGAAUUGAUUUUUUUUUUUUAUGCGGUAUGCUCUGUAAUAUCAUGUUGGCUAAAUUUGGUUAGGCGAUAAUGUAUAUACAGGAUGUGUUCUGUUUUUGGAGUUUCUUUUUCCUGUUUUUACCAUUUACUUGGUGUUGAUUUUUAAUUGAAACCAUGCAUAGCAGAUGGAUCUGUUCAAUUCUUUGGGGUGCUUAUUUUCAUUGGAUUCAUAACUUUGGUGAAAUUAGUUUAC